AUGCUCCUCCUUCUCCCGCUCCUCCUCGCCACCACAGCCCUCGCGCAAAGCGUCGCCCCGAGCCCGACAAGCUCACUCGCGCCGUGGCGUACCCCCGGCGCCCACUCCGUCCCGGGCACGUCCAUCACGUUCCCCAAGGCAGGCGACUACUGGGUCGCGAACGGCACCGGCGUGGUCAGCUGGGCGUGGGACGGCGCGUUCCACACCGCUGCGGCGAGCCACAAGAUCCGCCUCGCGCACGUCAACACGUCCACCGACGCGGCCAAGUGGGUGCUGAUCAACACGUGGAACGUGCUCGUCCCCUCCGACGCGCUGGGGAAAUACAGCUCGGCGUACACUGAGAUCGGGAAGCCGUUCGUCAACACCGACCCGAUUGCGUUGCUCGGGAUCAGUAACAAGACGCUCAAGGCGGCCCCGGGGCAGGGGUACUACCUCGUCUGGGAGACGGACAACGAGGGCACGCAGAACUCGACCGUCGCGAUUUCUGAGCUGUUUGAGAUCAAGCCUGCUGGCACCGAGGAGAAGCUGCCGUCCGGGUGGCAGAAGGGCUUCGGGCGCGAGCACUACGGCGGCUCAGCGACGGGCAGCGCCGGCGCUGGCCUCUUCCCGUCCAGCAGCACGAAGCCGAGCGCCAAGCCGAGCGGCGCGCCGGCGGUCGCUGUUCCCCUGCUUGUCGUGCUGCUUGGUGCGGCCGUGGCACUCGUGUUCUAA